AUGUACAAAAGUACCAUCUGGACUCAGCAGAUAUUAAGUUUGAUUUAUUUUGAAACACAUCAUAAACAAACUGAAAAUUUGGAAACACUUGACCGAGUUCCCUUUCUAGAAUAUAACAUAUGCAAGAUGGACUUUACCAAGAGACCAUCCCCUUGCAUAUUCUGUUCUCAUGUGCCAUAUUAUUUAGUACCAAAUGAUCUCAAGAACAAAAAAGCUAAAAUUGUGUACAUCUACAGAAACCCCAAGGAUGUUAUUACCUCAUAUUUUCAUUUUUCAAAUUUAGCUGGGCUAUUAGAAGGAUAUGAAAAUAUGGACAUUUUCAUGCAUAAUUUUCUAGAUGGAAAAGUUGUAGGAAGCAUUUGGUUUGAUCACGUUAAAGACUGGUAUGAACACAGACAUAAAUUUAAUAUUCUGUUUUUGUCAUAUGAGGAGAUGAGGAAGGAUCUCAAAAGUGCUGUGCAAAAACUCUGCAACUUUCUUGGGAAAGAACUAAGUGACAAUGACAUGGAUGCUGUUGUGAGACAAGCUACAUUUGAUAAUAUGAAAUCUGAUUCACGAGCAAAUUACAAUAAUAUACUCAAAACUAUAAUUGGUUCAAAAAGUGAUGGACAUUAUAUGCGCAAAGGUACCAUUGGUGAUUGGAAAAACCAUUUCACUGUGGCACAAAGUGAAAGAUUUGACAUGAUAUUCCAAAGGAAGAUGAAAGACAUACCAUUGAAGUUCAUCUGGGAUAUAAAAGAGGAGUAGAAUCAGUGUGAAAGAAUCAUGUAACAAUAUAUCAAAGAACACAUUUAAGAUACAUUUCAAAUAG